AUGGCACAGUUCGUAUCGUCGGACGAGGACGCCGCCCUCGCGCGCCGCAUCUGCCUGCGGCUGCUCGCGGCGGAGGGGCACGUGCCCGCGGCCGUGUGGGGCGCCCUGGUGUGUGCGCACGCUCGCGAUGGCGACGCCGACGCGGCCUUUGCGCUGCUGAGCCGGUUGGAGGCUCGCGGUGGCGGCGGGGCGGAGGUGCCGCCUCUCGUCUUCGAGGAGCUCAUCGAGGGGCUGGUGCGGGAUCGGCGCCUCCAGGCCGCCUUCGACACCUUCCAGCGGAUGCGCACGUGGUCCCUGAUGGAGCCCAGCGCCCGCCUGUACGCAAUCAUGAUCCGGGCCUGCGGGCUUAGCAAGGACCCAGAGCGCGCGGCGGUGCUCUUCGAGGAGUUGUGUGCGAGGGAGGAGCCCACGCCAGAGGAAGGGGGGGAGCCCUCGCGGCGUGGCGCAGUCGCGUGUGCCCUUUGCGUCCCGUCGUCUCCGUUGUCCUCGUGGUCCUCCUCGUCGUUGUCCUCCCCCUCCGCUUCUGCUCCUCGUCUCCUCCUCGUCCUCCUGCCCCUGCUCUUCUUCCUCCUCCUUGUGGCCCUC